GGUUGCUGCGACUGGCAAAGCGGAGCCUCAGGUUUCCAAAAAGGAAAAAAAGGGGGGUGCGGUUGGGAUAGUCCAAGAAGCGCGCCCUGUCGGCGCGCCUUCACCCUUUCCCACCCCGGCUGCUCCCAAUAUCGUGGGGAUGCGCCUAAAGACUGGGCAGCUCUCUUCUCCGGGCCCACAGCGAGCAGAACAACUCUUGGCGCGCAGCCAGCUGAGUAACUCGCAGCUACCUCCCACUCGGCAGCUCAGUUUUUGAAAAAAACAAUACAGGAUCUUCCUCCUUCGGAUCCUUUAAAUUAUAGAUCCGAGAGCCCCUCUGCAGAGCCUCCAGCGAGCCCAGGACAGCAUGUCUGGGAGCAAAUACGUAGACUCAGAGGACUUUUUGUACACAGCGCCCAUCAGGGAACAAGGCAACAUCUACAAGCCCAACAACAAGGUCAUGGCGGAUGAAAUGAGCGAGAAGGAGCUCCACGACGUGCACACGAAGGAAAUCGACCUGGUCAACCGAGACCCCAAGCAUCUCAACGACGAUGUGGUCAAGAUUGACUUUGAGGACGUGAUUGCGGAACCUGAGGGAACUCACAGUUUUGACGGGGUCUGGAAAGCCAGCUUUACCACCUUCACUGUGACGAAAUACUGGUUUUAUCGCUUACUGUCUGCCCUCUUUGGCAUUCCCAUGGCCCUCAUCUGGGGCAUUUACUUUGCCAUUUUGUCAUUCCUCCACAUCUGGGCAGUAGUGCCCUGCAUCAGGAGCUAUUUGAUUGAGAUCCAGUGUAUUGGCCGAGUUUAUUCCAUCUGUAUCCACACCUUCUGUGACCCGCUCUACGAGGCUUUCGGCAAAAUGUUCAGUUCGAUCAGAGCAACAGUACGGAAAGAGGCAUAAAUGACAUUGCAAAGAUCCUGGAGAAAACGUCUUUUCCUUCCUUACCUUUUUGUGCUGGUUUCACGUCUGUCAUCAGUGAACCAAGUGACUAGCACACAACAACUGAAAAUGAAGCAACCAAAAUUCAGCAAAGAAGCACUUGUUCAAAAUCUCAUUACUACUUAACUGUCCCUCCUGGAUUGAUAUUCACUCUGAAGGAGAGAGAUCAAUCGCUUUUUUUUUAAUAGAUGCUCGACUUAAAUUGCUGUUCUCUGGUUCCUAUCUGCCAGGCAUUUUGCUGACCCUUUGACAAACUAACUCGUAUUUUGCUUACCCCUUCCAUUCAUUUGUUGCAAGAUAAAUUCACAACGAUAUAAUAAAGAGCAGCAAACAUGCUUUCUAGUGCUGUAACAUUGCUCAUCAUUUUACUGUGAGCAAAAAAUAAAAGAGCCUAGAGCUAGUUCGCAGCAUAAAGGACAUGACAAGUUUGCAGAUUUUAAACGAAUGUUCUUUUUUUCAGAGGUAUUGUCAGAUGGCUGUUGCUCUUGUCCCUGUUUUGGACCAUAUAUGACCGCUUCACGUAGAGAUCUCAGUAAAUAACUCAGCUAAUAUAUGUGCUUCCAGAAAACUAGAAAAUAUUUAGAAGAAUUGAUAUUUUCAAUAUGGACAAUUUUUCAUGUGAAUGAAAAAAGCUGCAGCCAUUUGCUGUUCUUUGUUUCCUGUGUCCUGUUAUCUUUUGGGAAAUACUAUUUCAGGUCUUUUAUCGUACAUCUCUAAAAGAGAUAUAUACGGAGAUCUUUUUUGAUUUAUGCUGAGUUCGACCAACAGUUCCUCUGAACCCUAUAUCAUCAGUCUGUGUUUGAUGGCUCUUGCAUGUGGCUGGCUCUCUACUGAUCUGUUCCAGUUUCCUGGGAUCCCCAUAACUGAAGAAACCAGGGAUCAGACAUGGAGUUUUAUGCAAACAGUACAUAUUUUCUUCAUCACUGAGCAACAACUUCGACAGAUUGCAAUAUUCAAGAUCAAAAUCGGAACCAGAAGUGUAUUAUGAAUAUAUUUUCUGGGCCUAGACGACCCACUGUAAGAGCAUUUCUAUCAACCUGGCCCCUUUUUCACUGCCUGUAUUGCAUGAUGUUGCAUCCCUAAGCUAUUUAAUGGAUACCAAAGUACUCUUUCUAGCAACGUGUUCACAAAAACACGUUCAAAGUGAAUGAGCAAAUAUUGUUGCGUGGACUGAUUUUUUAAAAAAAGAAUGGAGUAUCGCAGUGUGUCCAGCUAAUGCAGUGUCAUGCCUGCUACCAACUGGGUUUGUAAGGGUGGUUCGGUUUGGUGGGUGUCAUAUAUGAGGAGCCAGCUUUAAAAUCCCCAGAUCAGCCAAGGUCAGCAUGCUGCUAUUACAUUCACGCUUUGCUUACUUCCCACUAAUCCACUGCAAGAGUUGCUUUAGCAACCCAACAUUGUGAUGGACUUUUCUCCCUGCCCACUCCCAAGCUGAGCCGCACACACCAAUCGGGAAGACUUCAUGGAGGUGAUUAGCGUGAGGCUUGGUGAUUAAAAAAUGCAAAAAUAAAGCAUGUGAAACAUUAUUUCAUGCUGUGACCUGACUGAAGCUUGUACCCUCACCAUAAUGUAACUGUUCUGGUGAGAGAAUAUCCUCAUUGGCUUUGCAUGGAUCUGUGUUUUUGUAUUUAUAAAUAGCUGUGAGGUUAAGUUAGCUGGGAUAAGCGUCCUUAGGAAUUCAAACUGAGGAAUUUCAGAGCUGAACUUGUUUUUGUUGGGGGAGGGGGCGACAUCCCCCAUAAAGCCUUGUUUGGAUCCGUAACAAAGAAUCUAAAGUAGUUUCAAGGUACAACUCAAGAUUUAUUAGUGAUAACACCCUGCAUAUCUCUUUAUGUAGGAGGAGAGCUUGAACCCCUUUUUAAAAUGAUAUAAGGGUUGAAUCUCAUGCCACUUGCAAACCUAUAGUAGGUAGGUUCUAGAGCUGUUCUCAUGUUUCUGGAGGUUGUUCACACUCUUGGGUAAGCAGAACAUCUUUGGAUUUAGCUUCACUUUUCUCUUAUAGCAUUUUAGAAUGAGGUAUAAAACAUCCCUUCUGUAAGCAGAAGUUGCCUUUGGCAUGCAGAAAGACUUCUUUGGAUCUAGACCCAGAGUCCAUCAGCACUCCUCAUCUUGUAACACAGACAAGCUAUGAUGUGAAGUGCAGGGCUUCCUGGUUACGAGCCUCCAUCUCCUUAUACAAUUAAUGUCCUGCCAUUAGGGCUGCCAGGUCCCUUCACUCCCCCGGUGGGAGAUUCGGACACUGGCUCUUACGUCUCCUUUCUUCUUCUUGCCGUUAUCUCACGCAGCAUGCGCGUGCUCCCAGCUGGCAUGAUGACAUCACUUCUGGGAAGUGACAUCAUCAUGUGGGUCAAAGGGUGGCCCAGGAGCACUCUUGCGCUGCCAUAGGGUUGAAUUGCCCCUGCAGGGCCUGAUUCAGCCCAAAACAGGCCUGCUGUGGGGCACGGGGGUGCGCUGUGCCGCCCUGUGGGGGUGCCAUCCCACUCGCCCAUUAAGUGGGGGUGGGAAUGAGAGAAGGGGAUCCCCCACCCCAGGCAGGGGAAUGACAAGCCUACCAGCCAUCAUCACAGGAUGUAUUUAUAAAUUGCCAUGGUUACUGAGGUCAAGAAGGCCUGGGCUUACAGCUACUUGUCAUGAUUUUUCAGGAGCCGUGCAGAACAAGUUCCUGUGACACAUGACCUCACUGUUUCUAAUGUCUCAUCUCACUAUUAUAUAACAGUGACCACUUAAUUGAACAGUAAACAUUGCAGAAAACGCUGACAUCAUGAUAUUUCCUGUUUUGAGGAAGCCAUGUUUUCCUAGCAUUCAGGCAGAAAUUCUGUUGCUGGAAAAAUGUAAUUCUUCAUCCAGCCUUAUGUUUAUUGCAACUUGGAGUGUUACUAUAUUGUAUAUUAGGGUUGCCAGUUGCCCACUGCUGCUGCAACUCAUCUUCCCGCUGCCAGUCAAUUCAAUGGCCAAAGAAAAAAACGGGAAUGGUGUCACUGACGCCAUGUCCUCUUUUCUGGGUAAAAGCCCAGAAGUGAUGUGGCAUUCUAGGGAUUACUCUGAUCUCUGUAGUUUUUAACAUAAGAGAUUUGUGGAAUUCCAAGAUCAUUGUGUUGGGCUGUGAUACCACUUCUGGUUUUUCACCAAGAAAUUAUGGCAUGGCAUUGGCAAUGCCAGGUUCCCAGGGUUCUGCCUAUAAAAAGCUGUCGGGGGGGGGGGGUACUGGUGAUGGGCUGGUAACCCUAUGGAAUAUAGUUCGAAUUUCAUGGGAGCCAAGCAAUAUCAUGCCGUAACUUUUUAAAGUCUUGUUUAAUUUUUUUUUUACUAAUUUAGUCACUAAAUGUUUUUACCCACUAUACUAAUCAAGCAAGAGAAUGCUUUUUAGGCCGUCGAAAGAAAAAUAUUAAGUAUAAGCAAUGCUACUCUCCAUUUUUCCUCCAUAGUGUCCUGCCAUAUCAUGAGCAUGAUACCUUUUUCUUCAUUUUUACAUAUUUUCGACAGUUCUUUCAACCACCCACAGCAAGGCUUCUAAAAGCCUUAUUUAGGAAUAUUUGUCACUGUUGCUGGAUCGGGACUUGCAUUAUAAAAAUCCUAAAAAGAGCCAUACAUUUCACCAUCUGCAAAAUGUCCCAUUAAUUGUGACUGAGCCCUGAACUGGAUAGCCCAGGCAAACCUGAUCUCGUCAUAUCUCAGAAGCUAAGCCGGGCCUACCUUGAUUAGUAAUUGGAUGGGAGACCUCCAAAGACCACCAGGAUUGCUGAAGAAGGCAACAGCAAACCACCUCUGUUAGUCUUUUGCCUUGAAAACUCCAGCAGGGUCACUAUGAGUCAGCUAGGACUUGACAGUGCUUUCUACCACCAGUUGUGACUGAAUAAACAGCCCAGACCAACUUGACCCUGAUUGCCAGGGCCCAUGGAAACUACAUAAAGUUGCCCUGUACUGAAGUCAAACCAUUGGUUCAAUAACUAUAAUUCUAAACUGAGUUACUCCAGUCUAAGCUCAUUGAUUUCAGUGGGCUUAGACUGGAGUACUCUUAGGAUUGCACUGUAAGCUCAGUAUUGUCUAUUUUGAAGGGCAGGGGGGGGGGGCUCUCCAAAGACAGAUAAUGGUUGUUGGUAACACCUGUUUCUUAAAAUGGAGAUACCAAGGAUUGAAACUCUGGACUUUCUGCAGGUAAACCAAAAGCUCUUGUCACAGAGUGAAGAUAACUAUAGACGUUUUCCACAUAGUUACGGACAUUUUAGUUCUCAAGGCCUAGACUAUACUUGUCAGAUAGAGAAAAGAAAGAAAGGUGUUGCCCACAGAAAAUAUCCUCCUCUGGGCAAGUCACUAUUGAAGUCUGUUGCAGGUAAUUGCCAUAAUUCUAAAAUGUGCCUUCCCUGUUGCAACAGUCCAGCAAAGGUUAGAGAGGAGGUUCCUGUAUUUUUGGCACAUAAAAUUGCAACACUAGCUGAUUUUUUUCCUCUUUUUGCAUUUAAAAGAAACACUGGUCUGGCUAUUGUUUAACAUUUUUACUAUGUACAUAAUGGAGAGUGCACUAUUAGAUAUAUAUUUUGUAUUAUGGCAACACAUCUUUGGUGAGGAUGUAAACAAGAUAUCUUUUACUGUUCCAGAAAGGAAAAAAAAAUCACUUUUGAAAGCUAUUGCAUAAAUGCACAUAUUCUGAGAGAGUUCCCAAAUGCAAAUAAACUGCUGAUCCUAGAUAUUUACAUAGCUUUUGUAUGCUUACAGUUAUUAUACCUGACACUUUUAAAAAUAAUUCUGCAUGUUCAACAACCAAGGCUACAAUCUGCACAAUAAAAACUUUUAAUAGAU